CCCAUAUGAGAGCUCACAACUAUCUGUAACUCUAGUUCCAGAGGAUCUUGUAGAGAGAAGUUUCUGUACUGCCUGGUCCUGCAUCCCAAACAAACACACAGAGGCUUAUAUUAAUUACAAACUAUUUGGCCAAUGGCCCAGGCUUCUUGUUGGCUAGCUCUCAAUUAUUAGCCCAUUUCUAUGAAUCUAUGUAUCUCCAUGUAGUCUUGGCUUAGCCGUGAUGUACAUGGUCUCUCGCUUCCUCAGCAGCUACAUGGUGUCUCCUUGACCCUGCCUACUACCUUUCUCUAUCCCUGUUUGGAUUUCCCGAUGUGCUAAAUCCUGCUUGUCCAUUGGCCAACACAGCUUUAUUCAUCAACCAAUAAGAGAAUCAUGCAGAAGGACACCCCCUACCAGGAACUGUCACCCUCCUCUGGCACAUAAUGGACAGACUUAUGUGCACACAAAACACUCAUGUACAGCGAAUAAUUUUUUUAAAGUAGCAUCUGUAGGCAAAAGUCUUUGUCCCACCAGCCAUUCCUAAAUAAACAUACAGAAGCUUAAUAUUAAUUAUAAAUGCUCAGCGGAUAGCUCAGGCUUAUUACUAGUUAACUCUUACCACUUAAAUUAACCCAUUUCUAUUAAUCUAUGUAUUGUCAUGUGACUCAUGGCUUUUCCUGUCCUUCAGCAUGUCUUGUUCCCUCUGCAUCUGCUCGUGUCUCUCUUACUCCACCCUUCUUCAUCCCAGCAUCCUUAGUUUGGUUGUCCAGCCUAUACCUUUUUUCUGGUUACCAGUCAAUCAACUUUUUACUAACAAUGACAGCAACACAUUUUCACAGUGUACAGUAUUAUUCCACAGCAAGCAUCGCCAUCAAACUUAAUUGUAGAGUAACACUUGUUUGUAUGUCCCUAUGUAAGUUUUCCAGGGCAAAGAGUUGUAUUUGUGUAUGACUGCUUGCUGUUCUGUAAUGGCCUGAUCUGUUUUCAAAGGCAAAUGUCAUAGUGCACCCCAGGACACCUGUGUUCACAUCAUUGGUUCUUUGAAACUAUAUUUGGAUGUUCAAGCUAUUAAAAGCUUCAUGUACUUAGUGACCUUGCAGGAAGAGUUUAGAUUGGAUGUUCCCACUGCUGCUGCCUGUUGUUGAAUGAAAACAGAGCAGAAGAUCCGGAUUGCAACCUCUAUCUUGUUUUCAUCUUGCUUUGUUUUAUUUCUUUUCCUUUUCCUAAAGAAGAUGAACCAUGAAACCACAACCCUGAUAUCCUUGAAGGAAGCAAUGACAAGAGUAGACAACAAGCUCCAAGUUCUAGACAUACAGUUCAAAGAACUAGACGUCACCAAGGAUAAUCUGAUACAGCAAUUUGAACAGCACAGCAAGACUUUGGCAAGCCAAGCAGCCCAAGAUGAAAUAUGGACAGCAGUCCUGGCCCUCGGGUUUACCUCAAUGGAAUUGAAUAUUUUAUACAGCUAUGUCAUUGAAGUCCUUAUUUGCUUGCACACUCGAGUGCUUCAGAAGCUUCCAGACCUGGUGAAAAGUCUUCCAACCUUAGCCUCUGUCCUUAGACGAAAAGCCAAGAACAAACAUGUUAGAAUUGUGUGGGAGUCUAUCCUGGAGGAGUAUGGGCUGCAAGAGAGAGAUGUCACAGCACUCUGUAGCUUCUUCAUUGCACACGGCAACAAAGCAGAACACUAUGCUGCUAAUGUAAGACAGGUAUAUAUCAAAGAUGUUACGUUCAUGAUCACCAAUAUGGUAAAGAACCAGGCUCUGCAGGAUGCUUUGCUGCGGGCUGUUCAGGUCAUUGAGAAGGGAAAAGCAGUGAGGACCCCUGAAAACCAAAGAACAUCCCUAAAAGAGUUGAUGCCGUCAACCAAAGAUUAACCUGUUUGAUGGGAGAUGUCCUUCUGUAUAUGUUUCUCUUAUUAGUUGAUGAAUAAACCACUGUUUGGCCAAUGAGGCAGGAAGAUAGGCAGAACGAGGAGACGAGGAGAAUUCUGGGAAAGGUAGGCAGAGGGAGCCGGACGUAGAGUUGCGAUGCUGCAGGAGGAGUAACUACAUGCCAGGGCAUUGCCGGGUAAGCCACAGCCUCGUGGCAAUUCAUAGACUGAUAGAAAUGGGUUAAUAAUCAAGACAGAGCUAGCCAGUAAGAAGCCCUAGCGAUUGGCCAAAAGGUUUAUAAUUAAUAUAGUGUGUUCAUUUUGGGCUGAAGCAGCUGGACCAGGCAAGAAAAAAACCAGCAACACCUGUAACCCUAUGACUCAGCAAGUCCCCUUUCAGUUAUUUGUAUUGCAAAAACAAAAAAAUGAAUAAUUUAAUUAGUGUAGGUUUAUUUUAUAGCAAAAGUGGGAGGAGCAAUAAAGAAAUUAUGACAAAUUGAUACAAUGAAUAUUUUGUGUGUAGUCAUAUUUAAAAAUAGGCAAAAUUUUAUAAUGACAUAGAAUCUGGGGGUAUAGCCCAGAGUACUUGCUUUGUAUGCAUGAGGACCUGGUUCAAUCCAUAAUACCACAAGCAUAAAUAAUAAAAUAAAUUUAUAUGGAAUAAUCA